UGCUGUUGCUGUAUGCUGAGUUCUGUGUGAUCCGAGGCUCUGUUCGAUCUCGCCCCGUUGGAGGGAGUGGCCGAGGAACGCUUCAACAUCCUGCCUUGGCUUCAGUGGUAACCUGUCCACCUCUCUCAACGGCACGCGCACCACGUCCAACUUGUUGUAACCCCACCAUCGCUGGCUUAGAUGUAACCGCCAACCAUCUGAGCAACGCGCUAUAGCAUUGCACAAUCUAUUCCAAGCAGUCCGCGGCCGCUCCCCCUCACAUUCGGCAGCUUGUCUGGGAGAGACUGGGACGUUGCGCAUCAUGGCCUCACCAGCAAGAUCCGCGCCCGCCGACCAACAGGUCGGCAAUUCAUCCAAAUCGCCUGACGGGCAAGAUGUCAACGAUCCGAACAGCACUGAGGAAAAGGCCCGUCUGACCGUCGAAGAGAAGAAACAGAAUCACAUCAAUUCUGAGCACAAGCGCCGCCAGAACAUCCGCGAUGGCUUUGAUCGCCUAUGCGAGAUCGUCCCAGGACUCGAAGGCCAGGGUCGCUCAGAGGGUCUUGUUCUGAAACAGACAAUUGCCUACAUGCGAGAACAGAUCCGCGAGCGAAGGGCGAUGAUUGAACAGCUUGAGGCCGCUGGCGAAACAGUCGACCCCAAGCUUAUAGAACCAUUGGCUGCGUUUGAGAAGUACGAGGCCGAGCACAAAGACAGUGAUACGCCCGAGUUGGACUUUGAGCUUAAAGCGCCAAAGAAGGGCAAGGGGAAGAAGAAAUCGAACGUCAAGGACCAACAGACCCGCGAAGAUACUGGUAACGAUGAUGAGUCGGGUCAGGACGAAGUGAAGCAGGAACAGCCUCAUCACGAUGUGUCAAUGGGUUGAACAGUGGAGGCAUUUGCGCUCACUCAUCCUUUGACAAGAACGCUUGAAACCGGUCAGCAGUACUUCCGCCGGCUCUCAUGAGACAAGUGGCGCGAAGUAGUUUUCGACAAGCGAGGCGUUGGGGCAUUAUACAGAUUUUAUUACA